AUGGAGCAUAAUGGUACUACACUAACUGAAUCUGCUCGACAGUUUCUAGCCACACCUACUAGUGCUGUAGUAAGUACUACAGCCGGAACCAUCAUGAGCAUACUACUGAUUCCCGCGAUUCCUAUUUUUAUACACGAGCGAAGCCAGCCUAUGAUUAAAUAUAGAUCAUGGACAAUCAACAUUGUCGCUUGCAUCAGUAUCACAAUGUGUGUUGUGUUGGAUACAUUUCGACAUGUCGCGUAUAUCUCAUACGAAGCAUUUCCCUAUGUGCAACACUAUUUUCUACUACGCCUUCCUAUCUUGCAGCAAAAUUUACUUAGCCAUAAGACUAUGCUAGAUCCAAUCAAGUACAGAGAGCUAUCCAAGGCAUUGGUUAAAACAAAGUUUUUGUCAAGCGAAAAAGGAGCAUGGAUGUUCUACUUGGUCAAUGUCGUUCCGUGUCUUGCAAUGACAUUUUAUUUUUUUACAAUCAGUGAUAAGGAUAUGGAAAUAUUGAAUAUGCCAACACCCAUCUCAUUAUAUAUUGGAAUUAUGCUUUUCAUACAAAUAGUUCUUUCGGCAGGUUUUAUUUUUUGGUAUGGACCAUGGUCGCCCAAAGACAAUUUUCAAAUCAUGAUUCAGUUUUACUUUAUUACUGGGACAACACUUGCAAACGUGUUGGUCGGUUUGAUCAAGCUAUUAUUUCCCAAUCCUUCCGUUGCCAAAAUAUGUUUGAAUCUACAGACUGUUUGUGCCUGUCUGGCAGUGUGUAUCAAUAUUGUGAUGCCACUUCAAUUUAUAGUAAACAAGCGUAAUCACAUGAUUAAGCUAUACCAUUCCUCUGAUCAACUCUCCAUCAGAAGCAAGUCCAGUUUACUUCUUACACCCAGCGAAAAAAUAAGCAGUAUCAAUUCUCAGAAAAUAAGCCAGUGUCUGACUGAUGGCAGAGAUUUAACGUUAGUUAACAUAGGAAAGUCUACACCGACCCCACACAUCCAUUUCAAAUCCAAUUUGCAGAAAAUUUUAGCUGAUCCGGCAGUUUAUACUGCAUUUUGUACGUUUCUUUCUCGCGAGUUUUCCUUGGAAAGUCUGCUUUUCAUCGAGGCAGUCAAGAAUUUCAAGAUACAGGUCAAGGACACAUUGAAUAUCGAAAUGGUUGAAAUGUUUUCUAACCAGAUCCAAGACAACUUUAUUCAACCUGACUCGGUCAACGAGGUCAAUUUGCCUAAAAAGAUUAUAAACCAAAUCAAUUCUACACUACAAGAUAUUUUGAAAGGAGAAAUUUCAAUUGAAAGAGCUGUUACUAUAUACGAUCAUGCUGCCGAUCAUAUCGAUCAAAUGCUGACUGUCAAUCAUUUACGGAAAUUCCAGGCGAGUGAUCUGUAUCGCGGCACAACUGUAUCCACCUAAACUUUGAAAAGCGUUGAUACAUUACAGCAACGGCUAAAGAUUAGCCAGUUUUUUUU